AUGACAAGGAAGCCGAAGGUGUCGAUGAGAAAAGCUCAAAAGGAGGGCGGUUCAGUGUCCAAUGCCGAUGCCGCGAGCUUGCCUGAAUGCUUGCCCAUAUCGGUUGUAUUUGGCCGCCUUGCGUACGAAAGGUUUGACUCGACUCUGGACUUGACAGAAACAAUGGUGUUGGAGAUACUUGGGCAGCCAGGCAAUCAAGGCUUUCUCUUGAUUUCUAUGCUUUUUACAUGCGAGGCUGAUCGCCCAGACGCCAUCGCAGCCUCAAAUCAUGUCCAUCAUGUUACCCCACUGUCCCACGGAUCCGGUAUGGACUAUAAACGGUUAACCUCACGCGAUACGGUGUGCGACCCCUACAGCCUGUCCUUGAAUGCAACACUCCUGUUCGCCGCACGGUAUUCACAAACGGCACACCUCCUCGUUAUCCAAGCUCUGUUGGCCUCUCCUGAGAUUAUAAUAGUCGUGCAGAUCGUUUCAUCAGUGAUGAAUAGUAUUUCCCUUCCUUGCGCCAGUCUCAUUCCAGCACGGGUAUUCAUGGGCCAUCAGUCAUUCCAGGAGACGUAA